UAGCGCACUGAAUCCGGCGCUUACAGUUUUCUGCAGUUAACAUAUUUUCAAGUAAGCGAAAAUGGCUGAUAAAGAACAAGUGAUAUCGGCACUUCGGGCCACACUGCUCUCAGUAAAAGGAGCUCUGACCAUCAAACAAUGUAACAGGGAUUACCGCGAACUUCAAGGAGAGUGGAUACCAUUUAAAAAGUUGGGUUAUCCGACACUGGAUAGGCUCUUUGUUGAUAUUCCUGGUUUCAAAGUGACGCAAAUUAAUGGGGAAUGGUAUGUUGAUGCGAUAGCAAGUCAGGAAACCCAACACAUUGCAGCUAUGGUGUCCUGUCAAAAAUCUAGCAAGAAGCCAACACCAAGGUUUAAUUUCAAUAAUCGGUUUUCAAAAAAAGAACCCGCAACCACCGGGUCAUAUGCCAGCUAUAACAAUGUGAGCUAUAAUUACAAUAAUCAGUACUCGAACCAAUAUUACCGAGCGAAAGGCGGAACACCAUUCAACAACAAUUAUAGCAACAAGAACAAUAAUACAUUCAGCAAACCGUACGAAACGAAACCUCCCGUAAUGAAAACGACAUCGAAACCAUUGACAAAAAAUAUUGAGAGAACGGAAAGGACAACAUAUAAUGCUGUUACCAAACCAGUCGACCCUCCCGCGCCAGCGAGGGAACCAGAAAGGUUCUCUGAAAGAGUACCCCUGGCGCCUGUCAAUACGCACUCAGAAGACGUUAAACAUUCCAUACGCACAGAAAAUGCACAUCAAACAUCUAAGAUGACAGCUUCACAAAGAUUGUCCAGCCUGAGAGACCGACUGAACACUGAUGAGCAUAGCGGUCCCGUGAUACAUGUAGCACCAGCAUACUGCUUAGAACCACCACCAGACUCCAGCUCUUUCGUGGACAGGUUGGAAUGGACCUGUCGCAAGCUUGGAUUAGCGCAGCCCGUCUACAAGGUGCACGACCUUCGACCGAAACGAGGACCCGUCAGUUACGACUGCUCAAUUAAGGUUGGUACGGCCUACUCGACGUCGUCAUAUCCAGAUUCAUCGCCGUCCCAAGAGUUGGCCAAGGAAGUGGCGGCAGAGAAGCUGCUCGUAGAGAUAGAGAGCGCGCAGUCGGGCGGCAUGCCCACGUCCUCGCCGGGCAAGGCCGUCGCCUCCCUCGCGGACCUCGUGGCCGAACACGAGGCUGGCCUCUGGGCUAGGUCCGUGCCACACUUAUACAGACAAAAGUUUGGAGAGAAUUUGCCCAGUAACUGGCAAGAACUGGUGAAAAAUUGUUCCCGAAUAUUACAAGACAGAGUGGUUAACGGACUAUUACUACUUCUCCCCAACAAAGAGGGCGCGCCGCCGCUGUAACACGAGAACAGUUUGUCGGACGACACAAGCGACAGCGAUUUGCCGCCACUUAAUUUCUUAAGCAUGUAUAUGAGAAGGGCUCCAGAAAGCGACACAAUUUUACGAUAGUUAUUGAUACAUUUUUUAA